AUGUCUACGACUUCAGAGGGGAGGAAAAUUCGCCUGCAGGCGAAUACCCGACCCUGUCUCCAGUGCGCCUGGGUGGGUAAGGCCGACGAAUGCCGCUACAAACAACGGACGCAGAGUUGCGAGCGUUGCUUGGAGUUGAAAGACUCUCUGCAGUGUAGUGGCGUCAAGGGGCGCUACGCAGACCAAGACGACCUCGACGUUCCAACGCUCGUCCAAGACGUCUAUUCCUGUCUCCACUACCACAGAAUCCAGAUGAACUCCGUCGACGAACGCCUUCUGGCAAUCGAGAAGGCGCUGGGGAUCGAGCAAGGCUCUGUCAACGGAACGAAGUAUGAUGGCGAGGAGGGCGAGGAGGGCGAGGACGAGAGCGGCGAGGGCGAGGACGAGGGCGGCGACGGCGACGAGGGAGAGGAAGAGGGCGGAGAGAAGGAGGCUGGUUCCGUUGCAGAGGACGAUGACUCCGAGCCCUCGUCAGACGCUGAGCAGGUCGCACGACCGAUCGAGUGUGAGGUCCCUGCCAAGAAGGCCCCGGGCAAGAAGGCGAGCGUGGAUGGGAGGGACAAGGGCAAGGGCGUAGAAAAGAAGGGCGAGGACAUGGCCGUAGUUACGAGGGCCAAAGGCAGGGCGAAGAAGACUGUCGACGGCCGCUCCUCCACGAUUCGGUCCCAGAAGCGCCAGUCUGUAGGUGGAUCUCAUAUGGCUGGAGAUGACUGUAGGCUGAAUCGCUGA